UGACAUUAUAGUAUGUUAGAAACUGAUCCUAGGGACUAAGCAGGAAGUAUAAAUACAUGUAUAUAUUUAUAUAUAAAUAAAUGCAGAGGUAGUGAAUACGGAGACACAGCAACCUAAGAUACAUAGAUAUGCAGUGUAUUUUUGUCUGUUCUUUGUCUGGCGGUUCUAUUUCCAAGUGUUGUGUGAGUCCCUCCGAUAGCUUUUGUUGCUGCAGUGCUAACUGUCCAGGACAUGUAAUACUAGACCUGGGACAGGAGGACAGACCCCUGCCCCCACAGCGAUUUAUAAACUACUGCUUAACAAGAACAAUCUGUGUAGAGGUCUGAGCCCGGUCCUUACUGGGAAGCCAGGCACAGGAGGAGGGGGGGGGAGGGGAUGGAGGGGGGGAUGGAGGGAGGGAUUUGUCCUGAUGGCCAAGAAGUUUCAGGGUUUUUUUCUGUGCUGGUCAGAGAACUCUCCGGGCUGAAAUCUGAAACUGUAGAAGUUAAAAGUCUUAGGUGAGGAGCACAGACGUGUCUCUCUCUCUCUCUGAGUAGCCUUUUCGCUUCUGGACUAAAUUUCACUUCUGCUCUGUCCCCCGUGGUUCCAAAGGGAGUCUUUUCAGUGUGACCACUUCUAUGACGGUCCAGACAGAGAUGACGCUCCUCCUGGCCAUGUCUGCCUUGACGUGGUGGAGCAGCUGUCUGGCCACGCCCCUCCCGUUCAACUUGUCACUGGAGGGCAGUGCAGAGGUGGAGGAGCUAGGGGCUCUGGUCCCCACCUUUUACUUACCUGAAACAGAUGGCCCCGGCACCGAGUUCCCACCCACCCUGGAUGGCUCCGCCUUCCUCAGUCACAUGGUGCAGUUCCUGCAGGAGAACCUUCUCCUCAUCCUCGUCAGCUCCUCCCUCCUUGCUAUCGUCGUCCUCGUCGUCUGCUGCGCGGCCAUGAUGAGCCACAGGAGGAAGGGUAACGCCUACUACCCUUCCUCCUUCCCUCCCAAGAUGUACGUGGACCAGAAGGACAAGAGCGGGGGUAUCAGGCCCUUCAACGAAGUGCCUGAGCAGCCCUCCGACACGCAGCCCGGUGAGCCGCUGGAUUCCAGCAAGCAGCUCCAGGCUGACAUCAUGAAGGCUGUGAAGAACCUCCGCACUCCUACGAAGGCUCCUCUCAACCAGGCGGCGCUUGGCAGGAGUCCGGAGGUCAGUCUUCCUCCUCGGGCAGAGGAGGAAAGCAUCCCAGACAGCGAGGAGUCAGAGCCGUGUGACCCAGAGGAUCCAGAGGAGCCGUCGGACGGCGAGGGCCCGUUGAGCAGCAGCCCAGAGCCAGGUGUGAUGCCGGCUGUGAUGCCGGCUGUGAUGCCGGCUGAGCAGCCAGACCUCCAGGAACACCACGACUCUGCAAAGCCUCCUUCUGGAAGGCCAAAUUCACCAGCCAGACAGGAGAGGCCUUCCUCUCCAGACACAGAAAAUGACUCAUCAGCUAGCGUCCAGAUGAUUACUGGAGAAAAAACUGCCUUUUAGUAGGACUGAGCAUGAACGAUCUUUUGCGGUUUGCUACCUUUUGAACCGCUUGAGUGACAAACUCAGCCUUCAGCUUUGUGACCUGCAACGCUUUUCUUGAAGAGCUAGUUUAUUUUGAAGCACAAAUACUCUGCAGAAAUCUCUGUCGGGAGAGGGCGAUUAGAACCCAAUAGGAUGUUUUAUCAUUCCCUGAUGAACACGUUUUUAGACUUGUUUGUAUAAAAGCAUUUACUUUCGAACGGACAAAAGUAAUACUGGCUGUGUGGAAAUGGCUGACAAAAGGUUUUGCUCAGAAGAUUUUGCCACUAAAUGCUGUUUAAUGAAGCUCAACAUCACAAUUGCUUGUAUUUUAAUACAAUUAUACCUUACCGGUUUAAAGUAUAUUUUUGUAUUUCAUGUUCAGUUGCUGCCAAGUGCAUUUGGUGGAUAUAGGGCUGCACCUAAAUAAAUGAAAAAUGCACACACUAAUGUUGUACAAGUGGAAAACAAGAUGAAAACUUUUGUUUGGCUCGAUAAGCAAUGUAGGCUUGGCAUACCAUGGUAACAAUGCCACCUUGUGGCCAAUUAUAGAACAGCGCUUUCAUAACAAAGGAACUGAGUCUGAAUAGAAUUGAAAUGGACAUUUGAAACGCAGUAAGCGCUUAUCCAAACGUCUUAUGCGGCACCGCACAUCCUUGGGUUCAGAAACAGACACCUGAAAAACUACAACUUCGUACAGUACCCAAUUCUUGAGCUAAUCGCAAAACAAUUGUUGCCCCUAAAAUCCCACCAUGAUUUCUCACAUAAGUGUCUACAUUCAAAUCAAAUGUAUUUGUACAGCCCUUUUUACACGCAAGCAUGUCACAGAGGGCUUCACAUAUGCCCAUAGA